AUGUACCUUUCCUUCUCCGUCUGCCUGUCCAUUCUCUCCUUCUCCGCCCUUACUUCUGCCCUUCCUGCCGACUCCAAUGGCACUACCAAUGUCACAACAUCCAGCCCUAAGAAUGACGACGAUAAGCCCCACUUCACCUGUCCUGAUAAAGUCACGACAGCUUUCCCCGACGCCAACGACUGCCAGAAUGCGCUUCUCCAACUUGGCAUGGACACUAUUGAGCAGACUCUUCACCAAGGUGAUUUAUCCAAGACUGUGGGAUACGGUCGGUGCCAGGUCGACAUAAGCCUCGUCGAAGGCGCAGCAGAGCAAUCUGAUAUUUACACAACUUUGGGCCUGCAGGUGAUUGUUACACAGUUGAUUCUCAAUUGUGCUAAGUUGGCAAGUGCAAGUGGAGGGGCAAAGCCCAGGACAGGGGGGUCAGUAGUUACGGGGCGGAAUAAUAUGAUUCAGAUUGGAUUUACGAAGUUACCGAAGAACGUGACGCCGGGGUUUGGGGAACCGGAUGAUGGGGCUGCUGAUGCUGAAGGUAGUGGAGGCCAGAAUGAGACCGUCGCGUUUCCAGGGCUAGCGACUUCCUAG